AUGUCUGAAGCCAUUGCCAAACAGGCGCAUCUGGCGUCAACCACCCUGAAAACGCUCUCCGACAAGGAGCGGUCGCUCGCGUUGUACAAGAUCAAAGAGGGGCUCGAGGCUGCCAAGGACGAGAUCCUCGCUGCCAACAGAAAGGACAUGGAGCUCGCAGAGGCAAACCAUCUCUCCUCCUCGUUGAUCAAGCGACUCGAUCUCUCGAAAAACGGCAAGUACGACUCCAUGUGCGAGGGAGUUCUUGACGUGUCGAAUCUGGAAGACCCAUUGAACAAGAUCACGUUGCAAACCGAGCUCGACGACGGCUUAACCUUGACCAGGCUCACCUGUCCGGUUGGAGUGUUGCUGAUCAUUUUCGAGAGUCGGCCCGAGGUGAUCGCCAACAUCACCGCUUUGGCCAUCAAGUCUGGAAACGCUGCAAUCUUAAAAGGAGGCAAGGAGUCGUUGAACACGUUCCAAGCAAUGGCCAACGUGAUUAACAGUACUCUUGAUACCGAGACAAAAGUCCCUAAAAACGCCAUCCAGCUCGUCAGCACUCGCGGAGAGGUCGGUGACCUUCUCAAUCAGGACAGAUACAUCGACCUGGUGAUUCCGCGCGGAUCUAACGAGCUUGUUAGAAACAUUAAGGAAAACACCAAAAUCCCUGUGCUGGGCCACGCAGACGGUAUCUGUUCGAUCUAUGUCGACAAGGACGCCGAUUUGGAGAAGGCCAAGCGGAUCCUUGUGGAUUCCAAGACAAACUACCCGGCCGGCUGCAACGCCGUGGAGUCUGUUCUUGUUCACCAACAAUUGGUGGAUAAUGGUAGCUGUCACGAGAUUCUCGCCGCAUUCAAAGACGCUGGCGUGACAUUGCAUCUGUCACAAGAACUGUACAAGGAGGAUAAGGACACUGUUCUGGCGACCGAAACAGACUUCUCCAAGGAGUUCUUGUCGCUGGACGUGGCCGUCAAGACGGUCCAGUCGGUGGAAGAGGCCAUUUCGCACAUCAACUCGCACUCGUCCAAACACACCGACUGUAUUGUCACCGAGAACAAAACCGUUGCUGACAAGUUCCUGGCGGGAAUCGACUCGGCCGGCGUGUACUGGAACUGCUCCACCAGGUUCGCCGAUGGUUUCAGAUACGGUUUUGGUACCGAGGUUGGGAUCUCCACCAACAAGAUCCAUGCCCGCGGUCCGGUGGGGCUUGAAGGUCUGGUUUGUUACUACUACCAGCUGCGCGGCAACGGCCACGUGGCGGCCGAUUACAAAGGCGCCGGCGGCACACAGGUGUUCAAACACAAACGGCUAAUCUAA